CCCUUUUAUGGGGUUUGUCGUCGGCGACUUACUCGACGGAGAGAUGGCUCUGUGUCAGUCGAUUUCAUUCCCGGCUUUAAACAAACACCAAUUCAUCGGAACAUCUCAAAAUCGGAAAUUGUUCAUCCUACCAACGACGGAAACUUCCAGAUAUCGUUUGGUUUCUUCAUUGCAUACGGCGCGAAGCAAACCCUGUUCUCCUCUACGGACCAUCAGCUGCGUCGCCGGCGCUAAUUCAGACGAUGGAAUUAGAGAAGCGUCUUCUCCUUCUACUUCGAUUUUCGUGAAGGGGCUUCCAGAUUCAGUUAGUGAAGGUCGUUUAAAGAGAGUCUUCUCGGAGUUUGGACGUGUCAGCAAUGUGAAAAUCAUCGUAAACGAAAGGACUCGGCAGUCUUUAGGAUAUGGAUAUGUUUGGUUCAACAGCAAAGAAGAUGCACAGUUGGCUGUGGAAGCUAUGAAUGGAAAGUUCUUUGAUGGCAGGUUCAUUCUUGUUAAAUUUGGUCAGCCUGGAUUGUCCCGUCGCCGGAAACCACAUUCCGAUUUUCUUUUUGUAAAUAAACGAUCUUAACAAUUGCAGUUUAUGAUGGAAUGUAAUAUAUCGUAGGUCGUAGGUCGUAGGUCGUAAUUAUAACUUAUCAAAUAUCAAUCACAUUGAAUUCAAAGUUCUCACUUCUGCCA